AUGGUGACCAUCUCCGCAGCGAUCACAGGCGCCCUCAAGACGGCCGGCACCAUCGCCGGACUCAGCAAGUUCUGGUUCCUGCCGCUGUUCGUCACCGCCCUCGUCUACUACCACUACGACAUCUUCGACCCUGAGAACCAGCCUCACAAUGUCAAGGUGCUGCGUCGCGAGUACGACUUCGUGGUGGUGGGCGCGGGCUCCGCCGGCUCCGUGCUGGGCGGCCGGCUGUCCGAGGUGGCCGGCUGGUCGGUGCUGGUGCUCGAGGCGGGCACCUACGAGUCGGAGAUCACCGACGUGCCGCUGCUGUCGCUCUACCUGCACAAGAGCCGCUACGACUGGGGCUACCGGUCGCAGGCGCAGCCGUCCGCCUGCCAGGCCAUGGAGGACAAGCGCUGCGUCUGGACGCGCGGAAAGGUGCUGGGCGGCUCCAGCGUGCUGAACACGAUGCUGUACAUCCGCGGCAACCGGCGCGACUACGACACGUGGGCGUCGCUGGGCAACGCGGGCUGGAGCUUCGAGGAGGUGCUGCCGUACUUCCGGAAGUCGCAGGACCAGCGCAACCCCUACCUGGCGCGCAGCUCGCGCUACCACGGCACCGGGGGCCCGCUCACCGUGCAGGACGCGCCCUGGCACACGCCGCUCGGCAUCGCCCUCGUGCAGGCGGGCGUGGAGAUGGGCUACGAGCACCGCGACAUCAACGGCGAGCGGCAGACGGGCUUCGCGCUCUUCCAGUUCACGAUGCGGCGCGGCUACCGCUGCUCGGCCGCCAAGGCGUUCCUGCGGCCGGCGCGCCUGCGGCCCAACCUGCACGUCGCGCUGCACGCGCACGUCACGCGCAUCCUCCUGGACCCCGCCACGCGGCGCGCCUACGGCGUCGAGUUCCUGCGCGACGGCGUCCGACACACCGUGCUCGCCAGGAAGGAGGUGAUCCUGUCGGCGGGCGCCAUCAACUCGCCGCAGCUGCUGAUGGUGUCGGGGGUCGGCCCCGAGGACCACCUGCGCUCGCUGGGCAUCCCCGUGGUGCAGCAGUCGCCGGGCGUGGGCGAGAACCUGAUGGACCACAUCGCGGUGGGCGGGCUCGUCUUCCCCGUGGACUACCCCGUGUCCGUCGUGGUGGACCGCGUCAUGAACCUGAACGCGGCGCUGCGCUACGCCGUGCUGGGCGACGGCCCGCUCACCUCCAGCGUGGGGCUCGAGGCGGUCGGCUUCGUCAGCACCAAGUUCGCCAACCGCUCCGACGACUGGCCCGACAUCGAGUUCAUGCUCACCUCGAGCAGCACGCCCUCCGACGGCGGCACGCAGGCGCGCAAGGCGCACGGCAUCACGCAGCGCUUCUACGACGAGAUGUUCGGCGCCAUCACCGGCAAGGACAUGUACGGCGUCUUCCCCAUGAUCCUCAGGCCCAAGAGCCGCGGGCGCGUGCGGCUGGCGAGCGCGGACCCGCUGCGCUACCCGCUCAUGUUCCACAACUACCUGACGCACCCGCACGACGUGGCGGUGCUGCGCGAGGGCGUCAAGAUGGCGCUGGCGUUGGCCGAGACGGCGGCGCUGCGCCGCUUCGGCGCGCGCUUCCACCGCGUGCCGGUGCUGGGCUGCCGCCACCUGCCGCCCUUCACCGACGAAUACUGGGAGUGCGUAGUGCGCCAGUACACCAUGACCAUCUACCACAUGUCGGGCACCUGCAAGAUGGGGCCCGCCGCCGACCCGCUGGCCGUCGUCGACGAGCAGCUGCGCGUGCGCGGCGUGUCGGGGCUGCGCGUCGUCGACGCCUCCGUCUUCCCCACCAUCCCCAGCGGCAACAUCAACGCGCCCGUCAUCAUGGUCGCAGAGAAGGCCGCCGACCUCGUCAAGCAGGCGUGGCUGCCCAGGGGCAAGCGGGGCGCCAACCAGACCGCGGCCGACCAGCCGGUCAGGUGA